AUGGGUAGCAUAGCAGAGACAUCCUUCAAACCGAAGAAGUAUAACACUGAGCUUACCGACUACUCGGUUGUUCAUGUCAAUAAGACUGGGCCAUAUGCCGAAAAUCUCGAGGUCGAUGCUUUGGUCGUCGGUGCUGGUUUUGCUGGUGUGUUUAUGCUCAAGACCCUUCGGGAUCGCGGUCUGAAAACGACCAUUUUCGAGGCCGGCAAUGACAUGGGUGGCACCUGGCGAUGGAAUUGCUACCCCGGCGCUGGUGUCGACUCUGAAGUCCCCGAGUACGAGUUGCCUUGGCCCGAGGUAUACAACACGUGGAACUGGCCGAACAACUACCCUGACUACAAAGACCUGCGUAAUUACUUUGAUCACGUGGAUAAAGUAGUUGGUAUCAAGAAGGACUGCGCUUUCAACACCGUCGUGGUUGGAGCCCAGUUCGAUACGAACGAGGGGAGAUGGAAUAUAGAAACUGCAGAUGGUCGCAAUACCAAGGCCAAGUAUCUCGUCCUUGGAACCGGCUUCGCCGCCAAGCGUUAUAUUCCCCCAUGGCCUGGCAUGGAUAAAUUUAAGGGCGUCGUGCACCACUCAUCUUUCUGGCCUGAGGAGGAAAUUGACGUGAAAAGCAAGCGCUGUGCUAUCAUCGGCACCGGUGCCUCGGGCGUGCAAAUAACACAGGCCUGGGGGCCUAAGGCUGGUGACCUCAAGGUCUUUCAACGAACUCCUAACCUCGCCAUACCUAUGCGCAAACGCGACCUCACUGUUGAGGAGCAGGAGCGCAUCAAGCCCUACUAUCCAGAGUUGUUCCGUUACCGCGAGACAAACUUUGCCGGUUUCCUGUAUGGUUGGUGCGAGCGCAACGCCUUUGACGACACACCCGAGGAGCGUCAAGCCUUCUACGAGAAAAUCUGGAGGGAAGGUGGCUUCCGCUAUUGGGUUGCUGUGUAUAAGGAUACCCUGAUCAACCCUGAGUCAAACAAAGAGGCCUACAAUUUCUGGGCUACGAAGACGCGUGAUCGUAUCGGUGACCCCGUGGCGAGAGACUUGCUUGCGCCUCGGAAAAUGCCGCAUUAUUUCGGCAUCAAGCGGCCAUGUCUUGAAAGCACCUAUUACGAGCAGUUCAAUCGGGAGUCGGUGCAUCUGGUUGACAUCAAGAAUAACCCGAUCAGGGAGUUUACUGAGACUGGUAUCACCCUCGAGGACGGAACUCACCAUGAGCUUGAUGUCAUUGCUGUCGCGACUGGAUUUGACGUUGUUACUGGCGUCAUGACCCAACUUGGCCUGAAGAGCAUCGACGGCGCCGAGCUCGAGAAGGAAUGGAUUACAGGCGCAAAUACCUACCUCGGUACCACCGUGAGCGGCUACCCCAAUAUGUUCCACAUCUAUGGCGCACACGGCCCGACGCUCCUGAGUAAUGGACCCACGUCAGUCGCGGUGCAGGGCCGGUGGAUUUCCGACGCCAUAGCUAAAAUCGAGGCCAAUAACAUCAAGUACAUCAAUCCCAAGAUUGAGGCUGCUGAUAAGUGGAAGGACCAUGUUGUGGAGCUCAAUAAUAAGACUCUCUUCCCCACGAACGCACUCGACCUACAUGGGUGGGAGUAUCCCUGGCAAGUAUGCUACUCCGGUGGUAUUCCUGCUUAUGCCGCUGAGAUUCGGGCGGCCCUAGAUAACUGGGAGGAGGGAUUUGACGUCGUCAAGGCUUGA